UACCCUAGCCAUGUCAAAAAAAUCGGUACAUAAUCAAAAGAAAAAAGCCACUCCUCGUACGGUUCGUAAUGUACAAAGGGAACCGUUCUUUUUCCAACGUCUUAUAAUGAAAACACCGUGUUUUUCUGAAGAAGAACUUCUAGGAAAUCACUUAAGUUACCGUGAAAAAUUCAAAUCCUUAUUCCCAAACCAAUUCGAAAGUGAAAUAUCUAGACUAUCUAACACAGCCAUAUCCCAAGAACUCCGCACCUCUAACGCCUAUAGAGAAAUCAUAAACAACAUUUUAAAUCAAUUAAAUAACAAAAAACUUCACGAGCUAAUCCUUCAUCAAUUAAUCUCACUAGAACGUAAAACACCAUCCAUUGACCCACAUCACGUACUAACACUUGAUAAAGAUCAAUACAAGACCUAUGACAUUCUUUGUAAUUCUUGGGGACCAGAAACAGCAGGGAAGUAUCCAUAUUUCUUUUUAACUGGGUCUGCCGGUACGGGUAAAUCAUACCUGCUACAUAUGAUAGUUAACUUCCUAAAAUCAAAAAGAAUCAACUACCUCGUAAUUGCACCAACCGGCGUAGCCGCACAAAAUGUCGGUGGUAAUACCAUCCAUUCAGCAUUAAAAAUAAGACAAACGAACUCAUACUACGAAACCUUAUCAAUUCACAACCAAAAUACAAAAGAUUCCUUAAGAAAAAUCGAGGCAAUAAUAAUAGAAGAAAUAUCUAUGGUCUCUAGUAAUCUAUUCUCAUUUAUGAGUAAUAUGUUCGGUUCACUCCAUAGUAACUCUAAAAUCUUCGGAGGAAUCCCUGUACUUCUUAUAGGCGAUCUCUUUCAAUUACCACCAAUAAACACCCAUCAUGCUUUUUACUCACCAGUUUGA